GUGCGGCUCCCCCGCGCGGCGCUGCCUCCCUAGCUCCCCUUCUGCCUUCUGCCUGCGGCGCCAUUGCGAGUGAGAGUGUGCUCUCGCUCCGCCGAAUCUGCUCCGCCGCGUCCCGCCGUCGCUCCGCUCCCUCGGGACCAUGGCCACCGACUCGUGGGCCCUGGCGGUGGACGAGCAGGAAGCAGCCGCCGAGUCGUUGAGCAGUUUGCAUAUCAAGGAAGAGAAAAUCAAACUCGAUGCCAAUGGUAUUGUCAAAGUGGAUGAGAAUUCAGGGAAAACAGAUGAAGAAGAGAAAGAAGACAGAGCUGCACAGUCACUGCUCAACAAGCUGAUCAGAAGCAACCUCGUGGACAACACCAAUCAAGUGGAGGUCCUACAGCGGGACCCGAAUUCCCCCCUCUAUUCAGUGAAGUCUUUUGAAGAGCUUCGGCUGAAACCACAGCUUCUGCAAGGGGUCUAUGCUAUGGGCUUUAACCGGCCAUCUAAGAUACAAGAGACAGCACUACCCAUGAUGCUUGCUGAACCCCCACAGAACCUGAUCGCCCAGUCUCAGUCUGGUACCGGUAAAACAGCGGCCUUUGUCCUGGCUAUGCUCAGCCACGUGGAACCACUGAACAGAUACCCCCAGUGUUUGUGCCUCUCACCCACUUAUGAGCUGGCUCUUCAGACGGGAAAGGUGAUUGAGCAGAUGGGCAAAUUUUAUCCAGACCUUAAGCUGGCCUAUGCUGUUCGAGGCAACAAGUUGGAAAGAGGUCAGAAGAUCAGUGAGCAGAUUGUAAUUGGCACCCCUGGCACCGUUCUGGAUUGGUGCUCCAAGCUGAAAUUCAUUGACCCCAAAAAGAUCAAGGUGUUUGUUCUGGACGAAGCUGAUGUGAUGAUCGCUACCCAAGGCCAUCAGGAUCAGAGCAUCCGCAUCCAGAGGAUGCUGCCUAAGGAUUGUCAGAUGCUGCUUUUCUCUGCCACCUUCGAGGAUUCCGUGUGGAGGUUUGCUCAGAGAGUUGUCCCAGACCCCAACAUCAUCAAACUGAAGCGAGAAGAGGAAACUUUAGAUACCAUUAAGCAGUAUUACGUUUUGUGCAGUGACAGGGAUGAGAAGUUCCAGGCCCUCUGUAAUCUGUACGGGGCCAUCACCAUUGCACAAGCUGUGAUCUUCUGUCAUACCCGCAAAACAGCUGGUUGGCUGGCAGCUGAACUAUCCAAAGAAGGCCACCAGGUGGCGCUCCUGAGUGGCGAGAUGAUGGUGGAACAGAGAGCUGCUGUGAUUGAGCGUUUCCGGGAGGGCAAGGAGAAAGUGUUGGUGACCACCAAUGUGUGUGCUCGAGGUAUUGAUGUGGAACAGGUGUCUGUGGUUAUCAACUUUGACCUGCCAGUGGACAAGGAUGGGAAUCCAGACAAUGAGACCUACCUCCAUCGGAUUGGGCGCACGGGGCGCUUUGGCAAGCGAGGCCUGGCCGUGAACAUGGUGGACAGCAAGCACAGCAUGAACGUUCUCAAUAAGAUCCAAGAACAUUUCAAUAAGAAGAUAGAGAGAUUGGACACCGAUGAUUUGGAUGAGAUUGAGAAAAUAGCCAACUGAAACUCCUUGUCUAGAGUUGACCCACACCCUCCAGAUGUGUUAUCUCCAGCUCCAUUUGGACUGUUUUUCAAAUUGACACAUUUCUUAGCCAGUCACCCAAAAGGAGGAAGGCGGGAAUACAUAGAAAUUACCUACCUCAUUUCAAAUUAUGUUUGGACUUAACAAAGAAAAAUUGUGAAAAUAAUGGGGGGAGGUACAAAGAGGAAAAAAAUGUUUACCUGAACUUUUCAGAUUAGGUGUAAAUGGACAGAAAAUGCCUUUUGAACAAAUCUAUUUUAAACACAAAAAAAGCCAGUGUGUUUCCAUCUUAAUGGUCUACUCCAGGAACUGUCGCAUCUGGAUCAUUUGGCUUCCAGUAUUCACUGUGGUAGCAUCUGGUUCUGUUUUCUAUCCCAAAGUGAAACAAGUACAUCCCACAGUGCCAGCCAAUUUACAGGAAACUGCAAGGGGUACAGAGCUGAGGUGACGAUGGGAAGGAGGGGCAGAGCUCAGAAGGGCCUCCUGCACAGCUUCCAAGCCAAAAGGGAGUGGGGAGAGUUCGCAGCUGGGAUGGAGCAGCUCCUUCCUCCCUGACCCCCACAGCUUGAAGACAUUGUGUUUUCUUUCUUAUGAAAAGAGCCCACCAAGAUAUCCAAGGGGGCUCCACUUCUGGAUGGAGCUGGCUUCCAAGAUGUGCCAGUAUCGAUUCAAUAACAUCAUUGUCAUGGAAUCACUUACUGUGUGGUCCCCAGCAUGCCGAGGACCGACAGGAAAUGCCGCAUGGACCUGGGGCUUUCCACUGGAAGGACCGAAGGCAGCAGAUCUUUGCCUCUGUGACUUGAAGAGAGGAGACCCUCAAGAGGGAUGGAGCAGGAGGAUCUUCUCCCCUAUAGCAAUGUUGGCAGCUUCAUGCCUUCAUUGUCCUGGCAAUGUGGCCUCAUUCUCCCUUUGAAAGUCAUGUCAAGUCUGGACAAAUCACUUCAGGACCCCAAUGGUUGUACUGAAGAAAGGCUUCUAUCUUCUGUAACAAUAGAAGUGGCUGGGCCAGCGAGUAUAGCAAGAGACUGUGUCCUCCACCCUCUGCACAGGGACCUCCACUUCCCUGACUAGCCCUGUCUGUCUCCUGGCUGCAGGGUGGCCAUGGGCGAAUUCCCAUGUGCUCUCUGGUUCAGAAGGUUCCCAAACCAUCCCUGGACUCUCCUUGGUAUCCAGAGGGAAGACAGCACCCUGCUAGGGAGGUGCUGUAGAGAUGGAAAGGUGGGGGCAGUGGGACAGAUUCCCGAGGCCACUUUGAGCGACUGCUCCCAGACCCAGGACAAGACAACACAGCCAACAUAAUUCCUCCUGAGGACCUUGGAGAAGAAAUGAUCAACUACCUGGGGAAAACCUAGCCCAGACCCAGAGGUUUUUGUGGGUGGUGGGGUUCCACAUUCCACAACCAAACAGCUGCUCUUCAAGGGAAAUAACCCAACUACAGCAAUCACUUGGCCUGUUUAAAUCAUACCUAGGAGAAGACUUCACCACCACCUCCCCUGUCUUUGGUUUCUCCUGGCAGCAUGGGACAUGGGCGGGUAGAAUGUCCAAAGUCUGGUCCCCACAGUAUGUGUUGGUUCAUGUGGGUGUUUAUGGGAACCAUGUGUAUGAAGUGGUUUGGCUAAUGGGACCUACCUGUUCUCAAGCCUCUUUGUGCACCCAAUGGAGUAGUUAGAACCUGUAAUAGGUAGAAGCCAAAUGGAUCUUCUUUUGGGUUUCUGUCUCAGUGUCAGCUCCUUGCUUUCAGCUCCCUGGGGCUUUGCUGGAGAUCAGGGGUGGAGAAGAGCCAUUAUGGACCAUCUCUGCUUCUAGGAAAGCCUGUGGCAUAAGGCAGUGGGCAACAAUGAUGAAUCCUUAGGUUAUUUCCUGGGCACUUUGGCUGGAAGAAGCAGCGUUGAUGUCUCCUAGCCCAGGCUACUGAGUUGGAAGCGUUGGUUUCUAUUUGGGGAAUGGGCAUCUUGGGCUCUUUCACCAGACUGGCUGUCCUUUGGUGGGAGUUUUAAUGAGAUAAUAGAUAUGGUGUCAAUCAGUCAAAAAGUCUUCUUUGACAUCUUGAGGGUCACCUAUUGAUUAUUGUAGAUCUACUUUCUACUUGUGUGAAUAGAUUUUAACCAGUUGUGAAAAUCUUGUCACUAAAUUAUUUGUGAUCUAGGUUUCUAGUAGUGAAAUUAUGAAUCUGUAGUAAUUGAGUGUUUUGAUCACCUUCCAUCAAUGUGAACUGUUGUUCACAUUCUCUGGGGGAUUAGGAGGUGGGAUUCUAGGACAUUUGCUGUCAUCUGCCUCAAGCACUGAGGAUCUUGUUAAAGACAACUCCUGUAUCCGUGAAACAACCAAACCAAGGACUUUUUUUUCUUGAGUGUGUGUUCUCUCCCCUCUUUAUGUCCUUUCUCCCUUCCCUUGCACCCCCUGGCCAAAUCCUCAGGCCUUCUGACCUGUGUCUCAACCCUCAUCUUUUUGGAGAUGUUUCACAACUUACAAAUAACCAUUCCUGACUUCACCCCAACACAGCUCUUGUUUGGAAGUCCAGGUGCUAGGCCUUGAGGCAGAUAAUGAAAUAACUAAAACAGGAUUGGCUUCUGACCUUGUAGCACAGGAUAUAGAAUGGAAAAAUUACUAUUUGGGUCACCAUGUUGCCCAUCUCCCCAAAAGGAAGUUUCAUAGGAUCCUGGCAUUUACAGCCUGAAAACACCUUGCAGAUCACUUACAACACCCUUACUUUACAAAUGAGGAAGGUCAGGACCAUAGAGAGGAAAUGAUAUGUACAAGAAGUGAAAUUGGUCUCUCUUUGGAAAAUACAUGUGAAAGAAAUACAGUGGCAUUCAAGGGGGGGAAGAACUUAGAUAGGCCCUUCAGGAUUUCUUCAACGCAGAUGUAAAAAGUGUGGCCAGUAUUUGGACCAAGAUUCUACAAUUAAAAA